ACCAACACAGCAGUUUGCACUACGAUCUCCACCAGAUUCGACGGCAUCACACAACGUUUCUGACAAAACCACUCGUACGACGUUUUGACGACGCGAUCCUUCAGAAAUCUUCCUUUUUCUGCGACCAAACAAGCUUCCUUGAAUUCAGCUGUUGUAUCUUUUCAGUUACAAUGGACAGAGGAGAUGGACCCCACAACGGUGCUAACCACAAUGCUCCUGACCUCGUUAUGCCAGACUUAGGAGACGGACCCCACGUUGGCCCUAACCAUGCUGGACCGGUACAUAACCCACAGCAGGAAAUACUGCAGGUCAUUGAACAGUAUGGGCGAUUUGACGCUCGAACCAUUCACUGGCUGCGGUACGUCCUCAUCAAUGGACUUGUGAUGGAAGCCAUUGCUUACCUGAGACAAAUUAGAGAUGAACUGGCUUACAAUAAUUAUGAGGACUAUGAGGAAGAAGAUGAGGAAGAUGAAGAAGAUGAAGAAGAUGAAGUUGGUCAACAGGUUGAAGAUGCUCCUGCUGAGCCUCGAGUUCACUUGGAGGUCAACCGUCCCGUGGAAGCAGAAGAUCCCCUGCCUGGAGGAUCCAGGAGGAAUGAACUGCCUGGUGCCAUCUCUGACAGUGACGUCGACAGUGAUGCUGAGGAAGAUGCACCCUCCACCAGCUCAGUGCCUGGAGGAUCAAGGAGGAGGUCAAGAGAGGAAGAUGAAGGAGAUAAGAUGAGCAGGAAACGAUUCAGGUUCUGGAAUGAUGCCGUCUCAGACAGUGACGCUGACAGUGACGCUGACAGCGACGCUGACAGCGACACAGACAGCGACACAGACGAUGAAGAACCAGUGCGAGCACAUUCUUCUCGCCAACUGUCUGGAGGAACCAGCAAGAGGAGAAGAGAGGAGGAGGAGGAUGAUGACGACGGCAGAGGCAGCAAACAACCCAAACGCCGACGCUAUUAGACUUUAUCUUAAAAUAAAAAUAUAAAAUACAAUAUUUCUCUAUGAAAUGUGGUGAAGUAGAGGUAUGAAAUGUAAAGCAUAAGUUGUAUAUAGUAAAUUUAUAAGGAUAAAUUUGACUCAAACUUAAAAUGUUACUCUGAAAAAUACAAUGGAGUAAAAUUUACUGUUAAUUUUUCAGAUUUCUACUCUGUUAAGUGCUUUCAUUUAACUGACUUUUAUUUUACUCUAUGUGACAUAAAUUACAAAAAAACAACAACAACAAAAAAAA